AUGAGUGCGCUCUUGGGUGACGUUGUGUGGUGCGAGAAGGACAACGGUCGACCGGCCGAUGCAUGGCGAAGUCUGGCGAGUAUGCACGAGCGCAUCCGAGUCGAGAUCACGGCGCGGACGCUCCGGCACCGGCAUCGGCGAUCCGCUUGCCAUGCGGCGUGGCACACCCAAUGCCAUCAACUUGUCGAGUUGGCGUCGUCGCAGCUCCAAGCUGUCAUCCGUGAGGUGGUAGCCGUCACAACACCUCGCGUCGAUGCGGAAAAGGCCUAUCGCGCGGCACUGGAGAGCGAAGGCAGCUGUCGCCACCAGCUCCGCCGGCUCCAGUACCAAGAAGACGCGAACGCUCAUGUCGGACAGCACUUGGUGCUCGCAAUGCGGCAGCUGCGGCAUCUCGCGGCCGUCGAGAGCGAUCUGGAGGCGUAUGCGCGGCAAGAAAACCUCAAGGACACCAAACCGAUCUGGGACGCCCUUGCGGCGUUCCAGGCCGAGUGCUUUGCCGACGGGUUUGCCAAAGCGACGGCGUCGGACACGGAGCGGGUCGCCCUUGCGUCCGAUCGCGAUCUCUUAACCUCUCAACUGGCCCGCUGUGCGCACAAUGCGGCGUUGCGACGGCACGAUUGGGAGUCAGCCACGUGGGCGCAUCUGCGCGGGUGCAUCGCCCUCACCAAGGCACAGCACUGGCUCUACUCGGCGCUGGAAGCCAUUGUCCAUCUCGAGCGCAAGCGUCAAAAAGAUAUCGAGUGCCACGUUGCGCUCUUCGUCAAUGGCGUCGUCACGGAGAAAGACGUGACGGUUGAGUUUGCCGACAGCCAUCUCAUUCAAGCCACGAUGUUGCGGCUCGAAGUUCAAAAGCAAGCCCGAUUGCACUGCGUCGCGUCCAACCGCGCACGGCUCCUCGCACGGCUCUUGCGACAAGAAUCCGACCUAUUGCACAUGACGCAAGACGAAGCCGUUCGCAAAGAAGCGCUUGCCGCGGUCAUGAAGGCUCGCUGUGCAUUUCUGGAUACGACGCUAGCGCGCGUCACGUCAAAACGAAGUGCCAGGCGACUCGCUGCCUACACGCAUCUCGAGACGACAUUGGCCGCUGCGUCGAGCAAGAGCUGGGUCGAGUAUAUGGACCAAACAGCGGCGUUUGCGACCGACCACUGGCUUGUCCAGCACCGGUGCAACACGGUGGAGGCGGCGACGUGGCUGCUCGAGGCCGCCGAGGCAGCGUGCGGCCGCGAAGAAGCCGCGUACGAAGCGGUUCGCCAAAAGCAAGCCGAUGCGAUCGCGGCUCCAUACAUGACGUCUGCACCGUACAGCUCGCUCGAUACCGUGCACUUGAUGCUCUACUUGAAUGCAAAGGCGUCCAUGACGUGGGCGCGCGAUGUCAACAUGCUGCGCGCGGAGCUCCACGAGGCCAUGCAUUUGAAGCGCAUGGAUCUCAACGAGUGGGCCAAGGUCGACCCGCUCUCGGAAGAAUAUGCAUCGGCGCGCGCACAUUACAUUGCCGCCGAAAACAACUUGGUGCUCAAUCGAUUCGAAAUCAAAUGCGCCGACGCACAAGCCAUUUCCGGCCCCUCCCAGUGCCAGCAAUAUGUCCUUAGCUCGAUCGAGAACAAACAAGCCGUGUUUCUCCUGCACCACCCCGACCCCGACGGCGUCGACUGCGAUGCGAUGCAGGCGUCGUGGACUGCAUCGCGCACCCUCUGCUCCAGCUACGCGACGCCGCCUUGGGCUACGACCUGCGCGAACUCACACUCGACUGCCACGAGCGACUUCUUGGUGGUGACUUGCCGCCUUGCGACGUGGAAGCGAUCUUUGGAGAGCCCCCACGCCUCGCGCCGAAGUGCACGGCAGCUCGCCAAGCUCUGCUGUACCGCGCCGCAGUUGUAG